AUGGACCCUGUUCCGGCCGAGGAGGACCAAAGGUUCACUUUUAUAGAGGACUACGUGUUGAGUACUCUGAAACUCACACAGGACCGGUGGCAAAAAUGCCUUUCCAGCGAGGACGACAGACAAAUAAUUCAGGAGUUUUUGGACAAACCCGACCGGGUCACGCUGGUCGUGUCAGUGAACGCGGGUGGACUCCCGCAACCCGCCGCCGGCUUCCCGGCGAGCCGCGGGGCGAAGGCGGCGUACUUCGUUAAACAACGCCCAACAGCGCUGACGCCCGACUCCCUGAGGCGCGACGUGAUUUACGGAGACUUGUCCUACGCCCCGCUCGACCAGUUCGCCGCUCUCGUUGAAGAGGUAGUGGUCCCGCUGCUGUCCAACGGUAGGAACCAUAGCGAAUGGCCACAAGUUGUGUCUCAAGACAUCAGGCGUCAUGUACACUCCCUGAAGACCAACGUAUUUGUGAUGUCCGGCCAGGUCAAAGGCAAGACUCUCUUGCCCCUUCCUCUGGGGUCAGAGAGAGUGGAGCAAGCUGCCUUGGAAAGAGACAAAAGCGGAGACUUAGUGGAUAAGAGUGUGAUCCACGCCAUAGAGUCAGUAGUGAUAGAGUGGAGCCACCAGCUCUGUGCUGUCCUAAAGAAAGACUCCUCUGAGGCUCUGCUGGAAGACCACAGUCCUACACCACACACAGAGCUGCUCUUCUGGAAGAACAGACAUGCAGACCUGGAGUGCAUCCACUCCCAGCUGAAGUCCUCUAAAGUCACCAAGAUGGCGGUGCUGUUGGAGGCCAUGGAGAGCAGCUACUACCCUGCCUUCAGAAACUUGCAACAGGAUGUCCUUGCAGCUCUGGAGGAGGCUAAGGAUAUCUGCACCUACUUGAGGCCUCUGCAGCAUCUGUUUGAGGACAUGGAGAAUGCAGACUUUCCCGACGUCAAGGUUCAGAUUGCACCUCUGAUGCACGCGAUUUGUCUGGUGUGGGCCAACUCCAGAUACUACAACACCCCGGCACGCCUCAUUGUUCUGUUGCAAGAGACCUGCAAUCUCCUCAUGCAACAGGCACACACAUAUCUGAGUCCAGAGGAGAUUCUGACGGGGGAGAUUUCAGAGAGUCUGCUGAAGGUGCGGACGAGUCUGGAGACCCUCCAGCUCUUCAGAACCAGCUAUGAGGAACGCAGGGCUAAUCUGGACCACUACCAGAAAAAUGGGAGGUCAGUAAAGCCUUGGGACUUCUCCUCGCACAUGGUCUUUUCUGGAUUGGACCGAUUCAUCAGAAGAGUCAAGACCAUUGAGGACAUCCUUUUAACGGCGGUGGACCUGCUGAAACUGGAGAAGAUGGAGUUCGGUGGCAUCAAAGGCCGAGGCCUCAGCCAGCAGAUCCAAUGGCUCCACCAAGACUUCCUUGAUACCUUCAAAUUCUUCACAGAGAAACUCUAUGACUGUUUGGACCUCAGCAACAGGGAGUUUGAUGAGGAUGUGAGAGGGUUCAAAUUGAAGGUGGACGACACAGACCGCCGUUUAGGGGCCAUCUUCUGUCAGGCCUUUGAUGAUGCCUCAGGACUGGAGAACACCUUCAAGGUCCUGGACAUGUUUGGCAGCCUAUUGGAGCGCCCCCUAGUGGCUGCAGAUGCUCAGGCUCGAUAUCCUCUCCUUGUAUCCAUGUUUGACAUGGAGCUGGACGGCUGUAAACUCCUCUUCAACAGGCACAAGCAAACUGCCGAGGAGCUUGGUUACAGUCAAGUGGACAAGAACAUGCCGGCAAUAGCUGGUGGGCUGAGAUGGGCGCAGCAGCUACAGGGGCGCAUCGGGGCCCCCUUUUCUAAGUUCAGACACGUCUCUUACCCGUGUUUGGAGUCUGCAGAGGGGUGCAGGGCGAUCCAGAAGUACGAGGAGAUGAUGCACCUCCUGGAGAGGUACUCGAACAGCUUGUACGAGAUGUGGGCCGAGACGGUGACCGAGAGGUCGCAGUUGAACCUCAGCCUGCCAUUGAUCAGCAGGGACCCCGCCACACGUCUGAUCUCAGUCAACUUCAACCCUCAGCUGGUGUCUGUGCUGCGGGAGGUGAAGUACCUGGAGGCCAGACGGGCCCAGGCCAUCCCUGACAUCGCAGUACAAAUCUACACCACCAGGGGGCAGCUGUGGCAAUUUGUGGCUAACCUGGAGCUCACCACGGGGCGAUACAACAAGGUGAUGUGCUCGGUGCUAGACGUGGAGUACCCUCUAGUUCAUCACCAGCUAAGAGACAUUGACAUUCAGCUCAAGCAGGCUGAGGAGAGCCUCAGCUGGAACAGCCAAGGUAUCUGGGAGUUUAUUCUGGAGACGCGUGACCGCGUGUGUGACCUCGAGAGCCGUCUCCAGAGGACCAAGGACAACGUGGAGGAAAUCCAGAGCUGCAUGAGGUCCUGGGCCAUCCCCGUGUUUGACCGAAAAGAGGGCAGGAAAGACACGCUGCUGAGUCUGGAGGACAGGGCUGAAAGGAUGGACAGGUUUUACGGAGCGAUUCGCUCCUCCGGAGAGAGGGUCCACUUCCUGCUUAAGAGCAACCUGGAGCUGUUCGGAGCAGAGCCUUCGUCUGACGAGUGGAAGGCCUAUGUGGAGCACAUCGACGACAUGGUGGUGGAUGGCUGCUUCAACAGCAUCGAGUGUUCCCUCAGAUUCCUCCUGGAUAACACGGACCAAAGAGCAGGCGUAGCCCCCCUGUUUGAGGUCCAGUUGGACCUGAGGGUCCCCGACCUGGUGUUCAACCCUUCUCUGGAGUUCGGAGCUGGAGAUGGAUUUUAUGACCUGGUGGAGAGUCUCGUCAACGACGUGUACAGAAUGUCUUCUCUGGUCCCGCGCCUCGCCCAGCACUACCCCUUCCCUCACUACCAGGCCGACAUGGAAGACAUGGCAGACCUGGCCGACAUGCGGCAGCAGCUGAUGGAGCGCGUGCAGGGCGUCAUGGCGACAUGCUGCGAGUUCCGGGAUUCUCUGGAGCGCUUCGCCUACCUCUACGUGGACGACAGGAAGGAGUUCAUGCGGCAGUUCCUGUUAUACGGCCAUGUUCUGACCAGCCAGGAGAUCGGGGCCCACAUUGAGGACGGGGUCCCAGAAAACCCACCAACACUAGACAAUUUUAGGGAGCAGGUGGAUGGCUACGAGUACCUUUACGAGGAGGUGCAGGAGCUGGAGCCGCUCCGUGUCUUCCUGGGUUGGAUGAGGGUUGAUGGACGUGCCUUCAAGAGCGCCCUGCUCAACAUCAUCAAGAAGUGGAGCUUCAUGUUCAAACAGCACCUCAUCCAGCACGUCACAACCAGCCUGUCUGAUCUGGACGAGUUUAUCGUGGUGGCCGAGGCCGGUCUGGGCCAGCAAGUGGAGGAGGGAGACUACGGUUCCCUGGUGAGGGUCAUGGGUCACCUGCUGGCUGUCAAGGAGAGACAAAGCACCACGGAUGCCAUGUUUGAGCCCCUGCAGCAAACCAUUGCUCUACUGAAGGAGUAUGAGCAGGAGCUGCCCGACAUGGUGUACAAGCAGUUAGAGGACCUGCCAGAGAAGUGGACUAAUGUGAAAAAGCUGGCGGUAGUGGUCAAACAGCAGGUGGCGCCAUUGCAGGCCAGCGAGGUGGCCAGCCUGCGUAGGAGGUGCGCCUCGUUCGAGGUGGAGCAGUACGCCUUCAGAGAGAGCUUCCGCAAGCACGGCCCAUUCAGGUUCGACAGCGAGAACCCUUUCGCGAUGUUGGAUGUGUCCCAUCGGCAGAUCCAGGGGAGGGAAGCGGUGAUGGCCUCUCUGGUGGAGUCCGCCAGCCUCUUCGAGGUCACCAUCUCCGAUUACAAACAGCUUCGGCAGUGCAGGCGCGAGGUGGGCCAGCUGAAGGAGCUGUGGGACAUGAUCACCGCGGUGGAGUCCAGUAUGGCCGCCUGGAAAACCACUCCCUGGAGAGACAUCAACGUAGAUGACAUGGAGCUGGAGUGUAAACAGUUCUCCAGAGAUAUCCUGGCACUGGAUAAGGAGGUGAGAGCCUGGGAGGCCUUUACAGGUUUGGACAGCAGGAUGAAGAACCUCCUCACCUCCCUCCGUGCCGUGGCUGAGCUCCAAAACCCGGCCAUACGAGCCAGACACUGGCAUCAGCUGAUGGCCACUACUGGAGUCCGCUUCACCAUGGACCAGGAGACCUCUCUGGCCGACUUGCUGCAGCUCAACCUGCACUGCUUUGAAGAUGAGGUGAGAGGCAUCGUGGACAAGGCUGUGAAAGAGAUGGGCAUGGAGAAGGUCCUCUCUGAGCUCAACUCCACAUGGACAGGCAUGCAGUUUCAGUACGAGCCCCACCAUCGCACCCACGUGCCUUUGCUGCAGUUAGACGAGGACCUGAUUGAGACCCUGGAGGACAACCAAGUGCAGCUGCAGAAUCUCAUGUCUUCCAAGUACAUUGCCCACUUCCUGGAGGAAGUUUCAUCUUGGCAGCGCAAGCUGUCUGUGGCGGACUCGGUUAUCUCCAUCUGGUUUGAGGUCCAGCGCACCUGGAUCCACCUAGAGAGCAUCUUCAUCGGCUCCACAGACAUACGUGCACAACUGCCUGAGGAUUCCAAGCGCUUUGAAGGGAUUGAUGCUGAUUUCAAAGAGCUGGCGAACGCAGCCCGUAAAACGCCUAACGUACUGGAGGCCACCAAUAAACCGGGCCUGCUCGGCAAACUGGAGGACAUUCAGAGCAGGCUGUCUAUGUGUGAGAAGUCUCUGGCUGAAUAUCUGGACACGAAACGUCUGGCAUUCCCCAGAUUUUACUUCAUUUCCUCUGCUGAUCUGCUGGAUAUCCUCUCCAAUGGAACCAAUCCACACCAGGUCCAGAAGCAUCUGUCUAAGUUGUUUGACAACAUGGUGAAGAUGCAGUUUGAUACAAAUACAGAUGGGAAUCCUACUAAGACCGGCGUGGGCAUGUACAGUAAAGAGGAAGAGUACGUCCCAUUUAACCAACCCUGUGACUGCACUGGACAGGUUGAGGUUUGGUUGAACCGUGUUCUUGAUACGAUGCGCUCCACGGUGCGCCACGAGAUGACCGAGGCAGUGAUGGCUUAUGAAGACAAACCCAGGGAGCAGUGGCUGUUCGACUAUCCAGCUCAGGUGGCUCUGACAUGUACCCAGAUCUGGUGGACGUCUGACGUUGGCAUGGCUUUUGCCCGCCUUGAGGAGGGUUACGAGAACACAAUGAAGGAGUACUACAGGAAGCAGGUGUCCCAGCUCAACACACUUAUCUCCAUGCUGAUUGGCCAGCUGUCACCAGGUGAUCGCCAGAAGGUUAUGACCAUCUGCACCAUCGACGUGCAUGCCAGGGAUGUGGUGGCUAAGAUAAUUGCCCAAAAGGUGGAGAACUCCCAGGCUUUUGUGUGGCUGUCUCAGCUUCGACACCGCUGGGAUGAGAAAGAAGGACACUGUUUCGCAAACAUCUGCGAUGCCCAGUUUCUCUACUCUUACGAAUACCUGGGAAACACCCCUCGAUUAGUCAUCACCCCUCUUACUGACAGAUGCUACAUCACUCUGACCCAGUCACUCCACCUGACCAUGAGUGGAGCUCCGGCUGGGCCCGCCGGCACAGGGAAGACGGAGACCACCAAAGACCUGGGACGAGCCCUGGGCAUCAUGGUCUACGUAUUUAACUGCUCUGAGCAGAUGGACUACAAGUCCUGUGGGAAUAUCUACAAGGGCCUGGCUCAGACCGGGGCCUGGGGCUGCUUUGAUGAGUUCAACAGGAUCUCGGUGGAGGUGCUGUCUGUGGUGGCCGUGCAGGUGAAGAGCAUCCAGGACGCCAUCCGCGAUAAGAAGCGGAGGUUUAACUUCAUGGGGGAAGAAGUGGAUCUUUCCCCAUCCGUAGGCAUCUUCAUCACUAUGAACCCAGGCUAUGCUGGCAGGACCGAGUUACCUGAGAACCUCAAGGCUCUUUUCAGACCGUGUGCAAUGGUGGUUCCAGACCUUGAGCUGAUAUGUGAGAUCAUGUUGGUGGCUGAAGGCUUCAUUGACGCUCGAAUCCUGGCGAGGAAGUUUAUCACCCUGUACACGCUCUGUAAAGAGCUGCUUUCCAAACAGGACCACUAUGAUUGGGGCCUGCGAGCAAUCAAAUCAGUUCUUGUGGUCGCUGGCUCGCUGAAGAGAGGAGACCCGGAGCGAGCGGAGGACCAAGUUCUGAUGAGAGCCCUGAGAGACUUCAACAUCCCAAAGAUUGUGACUGACGACAUGCCUGUGUUCAUGGGACUGAUAGGAGACCUGUUUCCCUCCCUGGAUGUGCCCAGGAAAAGAGACAUGGAGUUUGAGAAACACGUAAAGGAGUCUGUGCUGGACUUGAAGCUGCAAGCGGAGGACAACUUUGUACUCAAGGUCGUGCAGCUGGAGGAGUUAUUGGCAGUGCGCCACUCCGUGUUUGUGGUGGGUAACGCGGGCACGGGAAAGAGCCAGGUGAUGAGGUCACUGCAGAGGACCUACCAGAACAUGAAACGACGGCCGGUAUGGACGGACCUUAACCCCAAGGCGGUGACCAACGACGAGCUUUUCGGCAUCAUCAACCCCACAACUAGAGAGUGGAAAGACGGGCUGUUUUCCAGUAUCAUGCGUGAGCUGGCCAACCUAAAUCACAACGGGCCCAAGUGGAUUGUUUUGGAUGGUGAUAUUGACCCUAUGUGGAUAGAGUCACUAAACACUGUCAUGGAUGACAACAAGGUUCUGACCCUUGCUAGUAAUGAACGUAUCACCCUGAACCAUACGAUGAGACUGGUCUUCGAAAUCAGCCACCUUCGCACAGCUACACCUGCCACUGUGUCGAGAGCAGGUAUCCUUUACAUAAACCCUGCAGACCUUGGCUGGAACCCCCCCGUGUCCAGCUGGAUUGACAGAAGGGAGGUCCAAUCAGAGAAGGCCAACCUCACAAUUCUGUUUGACAAGUACAUUCCCUCUUGCCUGGAUACCAUGAGAUCAAGGUUUAAGAUGAUCAUCCCUAUUCCAGAACAGAGUAUGGUCCAGAUGUUGUGUUACCUGCUGGAGUGUCUGCUGACCCCUGAAAACACCCCACCAGACUGUGCUAAGGAGCUCUAUGAGCUCUACUUUGUCUUUGCUGCUAUUUGGGCCUUCGGGGGAGCCAUGUUCCAGGACCAGCUGGUGGACUACAGAGUGGAGUUCAGUAAGUGGUGGUUGACGGAGUUCAAAACCAUCAAGUUCCCAUCCCAGGGCACCGUGUUUGAUUACUACAUCGACCCGGAAACAAAGAAGUUUGAACUCUGGUCCAAAAUGGUACCCAGCUUCGAAAUGGAUGCAGAUACGCCACUUCAGGCAUGUCUGGUCCACACCGCAGAGACCAUUCGGGUGCGAUACUUCAUGGAUCGGCUCCUGGAGCGCCGUCGGCCGGUCAUGCUAGUUGGGAACGCAGGCACUGGGAAAUCUGUUCUGUUUUGGGACAAACUGGGAUCCCUGCACCCAGAGAAAUACAUGAUAAAAAAUGUCCCCUUUAACUAUUACACCACCUCCGCUAUGCUCCAAGUGGUUCUAGAGAAACCUCUAGAAAAGAAAGCAGGGCGCAACUACGGACCUCCAGGCAACAGACGACUGGUCUACUUCAUAGAUGACAUGAACAUGCCAGAGUUGGACGCAUAUGGCACUGUCCAGCCCCACACACUCAUACGUCAGCACAUGGACUACAACCACUGGUAUGACCGAAGUAAACUGCUAUUGAAGGAAGUCCACAAUGUGCAGUAUGUGUCCUGCAUGAACCCAACCGCUGGCAGCUUCACCAUCAACCCAAGACUGCAGCGGCACUUCUCCGUCUUUGCCCUGUCUUUUCCCGGAGCUGAGGCCCUGAUCACCAUCUACACCUCGAUCCUAACGCAGCACCUGAGGAAAGGGGGCUUCAGCACAGCGGUGGAGAAAAGCUGCUUGACCUUGGUUCAGUUAGCCCUGGCCCUCCAUCACCGUCUCGCCGCCUGCUUCCUCCCCACCGCAGUAAAGUUUCAUUACAUCUUCAACCUCCGGGACCUCUCUAACAUAUUCCAGGGCAUCCUCUUCUGUUCCAGGGAGUGUCUGAAAAGCCCCAUGGACCUGCUGAAAAUCUACCUACACGAGUCCAACAGGGUCUACCGGGACAAGCUGGUGGAGGAGCGCGACUUUCAGGCCUUUGAUAAGCUGCAGGAGGACACAGUGAAAAAGUUCUACGAGGAUAUAGAAGAGACCCUGGAGCAGACCAGGGAGAUGAAUCUGUAUUGCCACUUUGCCUGUGGGCUGGGGGAGACCCGGUACAUGGCCGUGGAGUCCUGGAACAGCCUCAGUAAAACCCUCGUAGAGGUUCUGGACAGAUACAACGAGGUCAACGCUGCCCUCAACCUGGUGCUGUUUGAGGAUGCCAUGGCUCACAUCUGCCGUAUAAACCGUAUCCUGGAGUCUCCACAGGGAAAUGCGCUCCUGGUCGGCGUGGGUGGAAGUGGCAAGCAGAGUCUCACCCGAUUAGCUGCCUUUAUCUCCAAUCUGGAAGUGUUUCAGAUCACCUUGAGGAAAGGCUACGGCAUCCCGGACCUCAAGAGUGACCUGGCGUCUCUGUAUGUCAAAGCCGGCGUGAAGAACGUUGGCACCGUGCUCCUAAUGACUGACGCCCAGGUGGCCAACGAGAAGUUCCUCAUUCUGGUCAACGAUCUUCUGGCAUCAGGGGAAAUACCUGACCUUUUCCCAGAUGACGAAGUGGAGAACAUCCUCGCCGCCGUGAGGACAGAGGUCCGCGGCGUGGGCCUGAUGGACACACGGGAAAACUGUUGGAAGUUCUUUAUCGAUCGCGUUCGCCGACAACUCAAGGACCCUGAAUUCCAGCCUGACCUGGUGGCCUCCAAGUCAUAUGCAGCCGCAGGCCUUUGUUCCUGGGUCCUGAACAUAGUCAAGUUCUACCAGGUGUACUGCGAGGUCGAGCCUAAGCGACAGGCACUGAACAAGGCCAACGCGGAGCUGGCCACCGCCCAGGAAAAACUGACCACCAUCAAGACCAAGAUCAACCUCCUCAAUGAGAACUUGGCCAAACUGACGGCCAAGUUUGAAAAAGCAACGGCGGAGAAGCUCAAGUGCCAGCAGGAAGCAGAGUCCACCGCACGCACCAUCUCCCUGGCCAACCGGCUGGUGGGAGGUCUGGCAUCAGAGAACGUCCGCUGGGCAGAGGCCGUGGAGAACUUCAGGAGACAGGAGAGGACUCUGUGUGGAGAUGUCCUCCUCAUCACAGCCUUUGUCUCCUACCUUGGCUACUUCACCAAACGCUACAGGCUCCAGCUCAUGGACAACACCUGGAAGCCAUAUCUCAGUCAGCUGAAGGUUCCUAUCCCAGUGACUCCUGACCUGGACCCACUGACCAUGCUAAUGGACGAUGCUGACAUUGCAGCGUGGCAGAACGAGGGACUGCCCGCUGACAGGAUGUCCACCGAAAAUGCCACCAUUCUCACCUCCUGCCAGCGUUGGCCCCUCAUGGUAGACCCCCAGCUGCAAGGCAUGAAGUGGAUCAAAAACAAGUAUGGAGAGGACCUGUGUGUCAUACGCAUUGGACAGAGAGGAUACUUAGAUGCCAUAGAGAGAGCACUGGAAGCUGGUGAUGUAGUUCUCAUUGAGAACCUAGAGGAGACUGUAGAUCCUGUUCUUGGACCUCUACUGGGUCGAGAAACCAUCAAGAAGGGCAGGUACAUAAAGAUUGGGGAAAAGGAGUGCGAGUACAACCCAAACUUCCGCCUCAUCCUUCACACAAAGCUAGCAAGCCCCCACUACCAGCCGGAGCUCCAGGCCCAAUGCACCCUGAUGAACUUCACCGUGACCAGGGACGGCCUGGAGGACCAGCUACUGGCUGCUGUGGUCAGCAUGGAAAGACCUGAUCUGGAAGAACUGAAGUCCGACCUGACAAAGCAGCAGAACAGUUUUAAGAUCACCUUGAAGACACUAGAGGACAACCUGCUGUCCCGUCUGUCCUCCGCCUCCGGGAACUUCUUGGGGGACACCGAGCUAGUGGAGAACCUGGAGACCACCAAGCGCACUGCUGCCGAGAUAGAGGAGAAGGUAAAAGAAGCCAAGGUGACAGAGGCCAAAAUCAAUGAGGCUCGGGAACACUACCGGCCGGCCGCUGCUCGGGCCUCCUUAUUGUACUUCAUAAUGAAUGACCUCAAUAAAAUCCACCCCAUGUACCAGUUCUCUCUCAAGGCAUUCAGUGUGGUGUUCCAGAAAGCAGUCCUGAAGGCCCAGCCAGACGAAACUUUGAAGCAGCGGGUGUCCAACCUAAUUGACAGCAUCACGUCCUCAGUGUUUCAGUACACCACUAGAGGCCUGUUUGAGUGCGAUAAGCUCACCUACCUUGCACAGCUUGUCUUUCAGAUAUUGCUGAUGAAUAAAGAGCUAAACCCUGCUGAGUUGGACUUUGUCCUGAGGUACCCUGUCCAGCCAGGUUCAACAUCGCCUGUGGAUUUCCUCUCCAACCACUCUUGGGGCGGGAUCAAGUCCCUGUGUUGUAUGGAGGAGUUCAGGAACUUGGACAGAGACAUUGAAGGUUCAGCGAAGCGCUGGAAGAAGUUCCUGGAGUCCGAGUGUCCAGAGAAAGAGAAAUUCCCGCAAGAGUGGAAGAGCAAAACCUCCCUCCAGAGACUGUGCAUGAUGAGGGCCAUGAGGCCUGACCGCAUGACCUACGCCGUCAGAGACUUUGUGGAGGAGAAACUGGGGAGCAAAUACGUGAUUGGCAGAUCGCUGGACUUUGCCGUCUCCUUUGAAGAGUCUAGCCCGGCUACUCCCAUGUUCUUCAUCCUGUCUCCUGGCGUUGACCCUUUGAAGGAUGUGGAAAAACAUGGAAAGAAACUUGGCUACACUUUUGACAACCACAACCUCCACAACGUUUCCUUGGGCCAGGGUCAGGAGGUUGUAGCUGAACAAGCUCUGGACAUCGCCGCUAAGGAGGGCCACUGGGUGAUAUUACAGAAUAUCCAUCUGGUGGCUCAGUGGCUGGGCUCCCUGGAGAAACAUCUGGAGCAGCAUGGGGAAGGCAGCCACCACAACUUCAGGGUAUUCAUCAGCGCCGAGCCCUCCUCCACCCCGGAGGGACACAUCAUCCCGCAAGGCAUCCUGGAAAACUCAAUCAAGAUCACCAACGAGCCACCCACCGGCAUGCACGCCAACCUGCACAAGGCCUUGGACAACUUCAACCAGGACACUUUGGAAAUGUGUGCACGGGAGAAUGAGUUCAAGAGCAUUCUGUUUGCGCUGUGCUAUUUCCACGCGGUGGUGGCAGAGAGGAGGAAGUUCGGUCCUCAGGGCUGGAACAGAUCGUACCCCUUUAAUACCGGAGACCUGACCAUCUCUAUUAAUGUCCUCUACAACUACCUAGAGGCAAACGCAAAGGUGCCAUAUGAUGACCUGCGCUACCUGUUUGGUGAGAUCAUGUAUGGAGGUCACAUCACGGACGACUGGGACCGCAGACUGUGUCGGACCUACCUGGAGGAAUUCAUCAGGCCUGAGAUGAUGGAGGGUGAGCUCCACCUAGCACCCGGCUUUCCUCUCCCCGGAAACAUGGACUACCACAGCUACCACCAGUACAUCGAUGACGCACUUCCGGCCGAGUCCCCCUACCUGUAUGGCCUCCACCCCAACGCCGAGAUCGGCUUCCUGACGCAGAUUUCCGAGAAGCUUUUCCGCACUGUGCUGGAGUUGCAGCCCAGGAACGGGGGAGCAGGGGAGGGCAGCGGUGCCACUCGGGAAGAAAAGGUGCAUGUGGUACUUGAAGAAAUCAUGGAAAAGCUCCCUGAGGAAUUCAACAUGGUGGAGCUGCUCUGCAAGGCGGAGGAGAGGACCCCGUACCAGGUGGUGGCUUUGCAGGAGUGUGAGCGCAUGAACCUUCUCACACAGGAGAUUCGACGCUCGCUACUUGAGCUCAACCUCGGCCUCAAGGGAGAGCUAACCAUGACCAGCGAUAUGGAGAACCUUCAGAGCUCUAUCUUCCUGGACCUGGUACCGGACAGUUGGACCAAGCGGGCUUAUCCAUCCACGUCUGGUUUGGCCCUGUGGUUCACAGAUCUACUGGUCAGGAUUAAGGAACUGGAGGCCUGGACAACUGACUUUCUUUUGCCAUCAGCAGUUUGGCUGUCUGGCUUCUUCAACCCCCAGUCCUUUCUUACUGCAAUCAUGCAGGCUAUGGCUCGAAGGAACGAGUGGCCUUUGGACAGGAUGUGUCUACAGUGUGAUGUCACAAAGAAGAAUCGUGAGGACUUCAGUUCUCCUCCACGUGAAGGCGCCUACAUACAUGGGCUAUAUAUGGAGGGUGCACGUUGGGACACACAGGUCGGCAUGAUCGUGGAAGCCCGUCUGAAAGAGCUCACGCCGACCAUGCCUGUGAUCUUCAUCAAGGCCAUCCCCGUGGAUAAGCAGGAGAUGAGGAAUGUCUAUCAGUGCCCAGUCUAUAAGACCUGUCAGAGAGGACCCACCUACGUUUGGACCUUCAACCUCAAGACCAAAGAAAAUCCUUCAAAGUGGACCUUAGCUGGGGUGGCCUUGCUUCUGCAGACCUAG